AUGUCGUCUAAUCCACUCUUACAAUUUGUAACUUUCUCUUCAGCUGUUGAAGCCACAUUUUGGCAUACUUUAUCCACACGAAAAAUUGAUUUAUAUAAAUUAGAUGAUACUUCACAUGAUAUUUUAGGUUAUUACUCUACUGGACGAACUGUAAUUUCACAGCAUGCUACGGAGGCUAACAUUUCUAUGCCAGCUCAUUUGUGUCUUGGCACUGGAGCUUUUGAUGAUGCCAAUGCAGAAUCUUUUUCACGUUUACCUCCCUUUUCUUAUCCUUCGAUUGGAAAAAUAAAAAAUACUAAUACCAUUGAAGAUUUCAAAAGUCUUGACAAAACUUCAUUAUUUAAAGAAAUUACUGAACAAAUUUGGCAGGAUAUUAUCUCUGGUGAAGCGAUCAAAAAUCCGUGUCUAAUUACCCGAUUUCUCCUUGUAACUUUUGCCGAUUUGAAGAAGUACAAAUAUCAUUACUGGUUUGGUUUUCCCGCUUUAUUAACCGAACCACCGUGGAGUGUCGCAGAAAAUGGCCAAAUAAAGAGCAUUGGAGAUUCAUGGGAAUCUAACGAGAUUGAAAGCUUUAGAGAAAAUUAUGAUCUUUUUAGACAAAAGCAGUCUGGUGCAAACGCAGGAUUUUUCCUUGUGAGAAAAUCUAGUAACAAUGAAGUCAUGAUUGGCAGUCUAUCUGAAUGGGAUACAUUCUUUGAAAGCUGUAAUGAUAAUGAGCGAAUUGUUGGAUUUGCUGAUCCUUCAAGCUUGCCCAUGAAUCCCGGAUGGCCACUGCGUAAUCUCUUAGUGCUUUUACAACGUCACUGGAAUGUACAUAAGAUUAAAGUAUUAUGUUACAGAGAGAUUCCGGGAAAAAAAGAUAUUUCACAAACUCGUAUAUUGACAGUUGAAAUACCUGAAACCACAUCAAUUUCUGACAAGUGUCCUAAAAGUGUAGGUUGGGAAAAGAAUCCACAAGGAAAACUUGGUCCUCGUUCUGCUGACCUUGCACCUCUUAUGGAUCCAACGAAACUGGCCGAUACCUCGGUUGAUUUAAACCUGAAAUUAAUGCGAUGGAGAAUUGUACCAGAUCUACAGCUGGAAAAAAUCAGAGAAACAAAAUGUUUAUUACUUGGUGCGGGAACCUUAGGUUGUUACGUGGCGAGAUGUCUCUUGGGAUGGGGUGUCCGUCAUAUAACAUUUGUUGAUAAUGCACGUGUUUCGUUCUCCAACCCUAUUCGACAACCGUUAUUUUUCUUUGAGGAUUGUCUUGAAGGCGGAAAGCCUAAAGCGCAGACUGCGGCCGAAAAUUUAAAAAAGGUUUAUCCCGGUGUAAUAACUGAAGGACAUGAUAUCAGUAUUCCAAUGCCGGGGCAUCCAAUCACUUCAGAAUCAAAAGUUCGUAGUGACGUUGAAAAAAUUUCACAACUCGUCGAAUCACAUGACGUGGUCUUUUUAUUAAUGGAUAGUAGGGAGAGUCGAUGGCUACCCACCAUGUUGGGCGCAAGCAUGCGAAAGCUUGUUAUAAAUACAGCAUUAGGCUUUGAUACUUAUGUUGUCAUGCGACAUGGAGUCAAAGAUCUUCAUGCUGCUUCGAAAACAACCAAUGCAUAUAGUAGUAAGAUGCCAAAAGUUGAACAUUUAGGAUGUUAUUUUUGUAAUGAUAUUGUGGCCCCAGCUGAUUCCCUGAAAGAUCGUACCCUUGACCAACAAUGUACGGUCACGCGACCUGGAUUAUCGGCGAUUGCCGGUGCAUAUGCCGUUGAGUUGAUGGUUUCUGUUUUACAUCAUGAAAAAGGACCAGCAGCACCAGCUGAUACAAAUAAUGAUGACCUUUCUAGCGCAACAUCAACUCCUUUAGGUAUCAUACCACAUCAAAUUCGUGGAUUUUUAACAAAUUUUAACAAUAUGUUAAUAAUUGGACAAGCUUAUGAUAAAUGUACUGCUUGUUCUGAUAAAAUAUUGGAAGAAUAUAAAAUAAAUGGAUAUGAAUUUCUUAAGCGCGUUUUUGACUCAUCUACAUAUCUUGAAGAAUUAACAGGAUUAGCUAAAUUGCAUCAAGAAAGUGAAGCUGCCGGAGAUUUUGAUUGGGAUGAAGAAGAUACUGAAUUAUGA